AUGGAAACGGACCCCGAAUCCGACCUCUCCGCCCUUGGCUCUCAGCUCUCAAGCGACGUGGCAGACAACCAGCUCGACAUUGAGUCCACCCUUCGCUCGUCCCAGUCCAAAAUCAAAGAGCUGAGAAGAGAGCUCAACGCGGUCGACAUUGUCAUCGACAAGUUAUUUGCGAGCUAUACUGCCCUAACUAAGGCGUGGUCUAAAGUUGAUCAGAAGGCGGGUUUGAGGAGGGAGCGAGAGUCGAGGGAAGGGAACGAUAACGGGGAGGAUGGGGAAGAAGGUAGAGAUGAAAAGGAGGACGAUGACGACAAAAAACGGAAACGAAAAGAUUCCAGUGAAACAGAAGAACCUACUGCGACUACAAAAAGUAGAAGAAGAAGUUCGAACAGUUCUUCUCCUCCCAUAGACGUGUCGGAAGCUACACUCGAUGCAGUGGCGAGGAUCCUGCCGCUGCCGCUACCGCAGUUGGAAGAAGACAGUGGAAAGAGUGUGGAGGAAGGGGAUAUGACUGAAGCUGCCACUGGAGGUGUGGGAGGAGGAGGAGGAGGAGGAGGAGGAGGAGGCAGCAGUACAAGUCAUCAACAGCAACAGCAAGGAAUUAGAAAGAAAAUCAACUUGGGUAAGAGAGAGGUGAAGAGGGUUAGGACUGUUAGUCCUGAAUCUGGAUCUGGAUCUGGAUCUGGACCUGGAUCGGUGAUGAAGAGCAUUGAGGGGGAUGAGGUUGAUGGGAGUCACGAGAGGGAUAGUCCAACUCUGGAAAGCGAGGGGGAAUAUGGACAAGAAGAAUUGCCCGACAAUGGGGGAGAAGUCAACUUUCGAAAGGACUUGCAAGUCAAUGUUGUAUUUCUGGAGCAGCAGUUCGAGAGAUAUGAGGAGGACAUAAACAAAGGGUUGGAGCUGUAUAAGAGCGAUAUGAACAGGAGGGUCGAAAGGUUGGAAAACGACAUGAACGAGAGGGUCGAGAAGCUGGAGAGGAAAGUACACAAGAGCUUCGAGAAGUUGGAGAAUUGGAUGAGUUGGAACGAAUGGGUCGGGGAGACGAUCACUUAUGGGGGAGAUGAUGCAGAUGAUGAAGAUGAAGAGGAGGAGGACAGUGAGGAGGACGAUGAAGAUACUGACGAGCACGAAGACGACGAUGACGAUGACGAUAACGAUGAUAAUGACGACAACUACAACGGAAACCUACCUUCGCCGCCAGACGAUCACCCCCUGACAAAUUCGGCUAACCAUUGA